AUGAAGCUCGCUACUAUCCUCGCUUCGGCUCCGUUUAUCGCACACCAGGUGCUUGCGAGCUUAAACUGCACGGUCGUCGCACCAACCUUGACCCAGAAAUUUUGCGAGUGGGAUGGAUGCCAGAGCUAUGCGACUGCUACUGCUGGACAAAUUGUUCACGCUGGGUGCCGUGCCGAUUGCAGUACUGAACAGGAGCCAUGGCUUCAACUCUAUGACGGAAGCUUCAUCCGCGCGACGAACGAGACACUGAAAGGGUGUCGGUAUCAUUGCAAGCCUUACGCUAUAACCGGCCUCCCAUACUGCUUCCAAGAGCGCGCAAACUUCACCGGCAUUGCUCCUGCCGCAAGCGUCUGCACAGUCUCUUCAACGUCUGGUCUUGCGAGUCAAGUCCCCGCACCAAAGACUCUGGGUAUUGAGCCCCCAGCUUUCCCGAGUAUAUCGACCUUGUGCAGUUUAGGCAUGACGGCGCCUAUGCCACCUGCAACGCCAAAACCAGUGGCAAGGAAGUGGGAUGCUUAG